GAGCGCUGCGCCGCGGUGAGGAGCGGGCAGUCAGCCUGUGCGCGGGGUCCGUGGAACGUCGGAACCGCCGCCGCCGCUUCUGACCCCCCCCUCCCCGAGUAGGGAGGCACGGCGAGCUGAAGAAAGACUCUUAGCCCCGUGAGUAGCCUAUUCGUACAUGGUGAAGAAGAGACGAUGGCUUGCUGAAAGGGAUUGGCUCGGCCAUCCCUUUCCUCCCCACUCCUCCUCCUCCUCCCUCUUCUAAGGAAUAAAGAACGGCGCCUGCAAUAGACAGUGGUUCGCAUUGAAGUGGCUGCAUCGCCUGCCUUCUUCCUAGUCUGCAUCUCAGGAGUCUGGGGAAAAGGGGCCGAGAAGAUCGUCGGGAGGGUGAUUUUUCCCCCUCUUCUCUCUCUCUCUUUUAUCUCCCCGUCCUUUGUGGUCUUUUUUUUUUUUCUUUUCUUUUCUUUUUGUUUGCAUGUGCAACUGCACUCCAACCAUCCGGGGGAACGACGAAGGAAGAGCGGACGUCGUCUCCAGGCCAAUGGAAAGCUAAAGAGCAUCGAUUUCUUCUUGUCCUCGCUUGCACUUUUCCGUCGGAUCAAAGGAAGCGCAACGCCACCAAUUCAACGCGCUCUUCUUGCAGCUCCUGGAGCCUUCAUUAUCCCGGUUAAGGAGCGGCGCUUCUUUUUUUUUUUUAAUUUUAGUUUGGGAAACGUUUUUCUUUUUCUUUUUUCUUUUCUUCCGCCGAAGAAAAAACAUUUUUCUAUUCUUCGAUAUUCGAAGAAACCCGGCUCCCAUCCAACGGCGGGCUUCCCCACACCGUUAAGCGGAUGCUUCUCGGCCAUCCCGCUGAAGUUAAAAUAACUCGGCUGCUAUUUUUUUUUUAAAUUAAUAUUAUUUAUUUGUCUUGGGUUGCUUCUCUGAAUAUAGUCCUUUCCACGAGAGGGGGGAAAAAAAGAGAUCAGACGCCCCCUACAGUUUAAAGCAGGUUAUUAUUAUUAAUUUUUUUUUUAAAAAAAAAACCUAUUGGAAAAAGCAAGAAAGAGCAAAAAAAAAAAGAAACGCCCGUCGUUCAAAUAACCCGCGUGAAGAUUUCCACGCGAGUCGGAGUGGGAAUCGGAGACUGAUAUAACGAUCCCAGAUGUUUGGAUAUUAAAACCACGCGGCGUUUCUUUGGUGGUGGGCGGGGGUGAAGGAGGCUCCGCUUUCGCUCAGUUCGCUACUUUGCAGGACUUUUUUUUUUUAAAGAGUGAAGAGGUCGGCAACGUCGCAAUCGAAGGCGGCGGGGAGAAGCGCUGGAUUGAUCGACGCCCCCCCCCUUCCCGCUCCCGACGCCCCCUUUUUCCCAGCGACGAGAGCCGGUCCUUUCCCCUGCUGCUUCGCGCCGCGAAACCGGACUGUAGAUCCUUCCAAGAAACCUGCCCUCCCAGCGCUCUUUUUUUCCCCCCCUUACCACCACAGCCACGAAAGGGGGCCUGAUCGCACCAAAAGAAUUGGGAGGGGAGGGAGAAAGGAAAGAAAAAGGAAGAAAAUUGGGAGGGGGGGGCAUUUCUUGGGAGGGAUUGUUCUCCAUCCCCAUGAACAUACAAAGGUCAACCCCAAUCACGAUAGCGCGGUAUGGAAGACCUCGGAAUAAAACCCAAGAUUUCGACGAGCUCUCGUCUAUAAGACAGACUGAAUCCAGCCAGAGUUUCAGCCCCAACCUUGGCUCGCCGAGCCCGCCAGAGACUCCGAACUUGUCGCAUUGCGUUUCUUGCAUCGGGAAAUACUUAUUGCUGGAGCCUCUGGAAGGAGACCACAUUUUCCGGGCCGUGCAUCUGCACACCGAGGAGGAGCUGGUUUGCAAGGUGUUUGAUAUCGGCUGCUACCACGAAUUACUGGCGCCAUGUUUUUGCCUGCCUCCUCACGACAACAUCAACCAAAUUACCGAAGUCAUUCUGGGAGAGACGAAAGCCUACGUGUUCUUUGAGCGGAGCUAUGGGGACAUGCAUUCCUUUGUUCGUACCUGCAAGAAGCUGAAGGAGGAAGAGGCAGCCAAGCUGUUCUAUCAGAUAGCCUCCGCUGUAGCACACUGUCACGAUGGCGGGCUGGUCCUGAGGGAUCUCAAGCUGCGGAAAUUCAUUUUCAAGGAUGAAGAAAGGUCUAGAGUGAAACUGGAGAGCCUUGAAGAUGCUUACAUAUUGCGAGGAAAUGACGACUCCCUUUCUGACAAGCAUGGAUGUCCAGCCUAUGUGAGCCCAGAAAUCCUGAACACCAACGGCAGCUACUCCGGCAAAGCAGCGGACGUGUGGAGUCUAGGGGUCAUGCUGUACACAAUGCUAGUGGGACGCUAUCCGUUUCAUGACAUUGAACCCAGUUCUCUCUUCAGCAAAAUCCGCCGUGGCCAGUUCAGCAUUCCAGAGACUUUGUCCCCCAAGGCGAAAUGCCUUAUACGUAGCAUCCUGCGCCGAGAGCCCACAGAGAGGCUGACUUCGCAGGAAAUUCUGGACCACCCUUGGUUUUCCACAGAUUUUAAUGUGUCUAAUUCAGGAUACGGUGCUAAGGAAGUAACAGAUCAGCUGGUGCCUGAUGUGAACAUGGAAGAGGAUUCAGAUCCAUUUUUUAACUAAGCAUCAGGACUUGUAAUGGGUAAUGCAUGGUCCAGAAAGGACAACGUGUGAAGGGAGACCUUUCUGAAAACGCAGAAUCAUAUCUCUCUAUCAUCCUGGCAUGAUAGCAAAAAAACAAACAAACCCGGACCUAUUUGGAGGAAGCUUUUGUUUUGAUUUUUUUUUAAGGCUGGAGAAGGAGCGCUCAAGAACCAAUGUAGCCCAUGAAUGGUUAAACAGGAGGAAUUGUUGCUAUCAGGUUAGACCGACAUCGAAAAACAAAAAAGGAGGAGGCAGCAGCACGGAGCAGCUGUAGCUUCUCGUCUUUAUAUGGAGCCAAGGACACUGCACACCCAACGUUUCUGAGGCAGCCACUACUACACCACUCCUGAUUCCAUUUCAUUCAAACACUUACGAUUCCCAGUGGACAGGAACUCUUGCAUUUUGGCAUCGCACUGUUAGAUAAUUUUAAUUUCAGUCCUUAUUCAGGGAAGGUACAAUUAGCUAUUAUUUUGUUCCUUGGUUUCCUGUUUUCAGAAUCAGAUGUUUGCCAGUGGGCUUCAUCUUCAGGAAGGUGGGUGGGAAGUGCACAAAGGAAAAUAUGAGAACUGAAUGCUAAACAAGGUUUUGGAACAUGUCUCCGAAUUCCUAGUUUUAAAUUGACAGAUAUAAGUUAACCUUUUUUGGGAGGGCGGGGGAGUAAUGAUGUUUGGAAUGUUUUUAUUUCUUUGGAGGGGAAAAAUUCUCUCCUAAUUAGUUGUAUUCAGAUGUUCUCAUCAGAACCUUCAGAAGACUCUUUGAUCUAGUGAGGGCAAGUUUGAUGAUGGAGCAGUCCCUCUCCGCUUGCCACUUGAAGGGAUACUCCUAGAAAAUUAUACAAGAAACUAUACACAGUAAAAUAAAUCUGUAGCGAUGACUCUCCCCACCUUCUAUCGAUAGCAGUGUCCACUGGAUCAAAGAGCUUUCUAUAAGCGGAGUAGAUGCGGCUGAAUACAAAAGCCGUUGGUUUUGGUGGGCUUGUUUUUGGGUUAGAGCUUUUAUUGCAGGGAGCCAGAAAUCGGACUUUCUCACCAUGCUAGCAAAAGACUCUAGAAUUGUCUUCUUUGAUUAUUCAAAGACUGUUGAAAUACUGGCUUUUCACCUUGACCCACUGCAUAUCAAGUUGACCAGGUUGGGGCCAGAAGGAUCUCCUUUGGAUUAUUCAAAGAAGGAAACACAUUUGAUCUUAGAACCAGCUAAGUCUCUACAUGAUGACCUGAAUAUGAACAGAAGGUGGAUCUUUCAGAAGCAAGAAGCAUAUGCCACCUACCCCUGCCCCAAAUAUCUUGGUAAGGCAGUGGCUUAGGUUCUUUUGCUUUCAUUUUUGACUUGCAAACAAGGAUGCUCUUUUAUUUUUCUGUUUAUUCACCUGUCAAUAAGCUGAACAUUGCUGGGACACAAACCUAUCUCCUGAAAACUACAUUGUAAUAUGCACCUUUUUUAUUGUCAAGAUUUUAUUUAUUGAUGAAUCUGUCACAGUUGUGAUGAAUUUAAGCCAGUACUUCAAUUACGGGUUGACUUGGGGUGACAUGUUACAUGCUGUAGUUAACAAACUUGUAUUUCUCUUCAGGUAUUCCUGUCCCUAACUGACAUAUUUUAAACCCGCCCACCCCUCCUUCCCUCCUGCAAUUCCACCCCUUUGUUAAAGCUUUCAUGUUGAUUUAGACUGGCAAAUGAUUUUUAUUAACUGCUUUUUAUAUUGCUAUAUGACAUUGGAGGAAACAGCGGAAAACCAACACAUCUUUUUUUUUUUUUUUUGGCAUAGCUAUUUGUGUUUCCAGUACCUCAGCUGUUCUGAUGUUACUGCCUGUAUGCGUUUUUGUGAAGUGGUCCUGUUUUUUGGAUAGGUACAUGUGGACUCUGUAGUUUGUAAAUGUUACUUGAAUUUUGUGCUUAAUUAUAGUCUGUGGCAUGUGCGUACAGCUACUUGGCAUUUGACGUAUGAAUGCUCUUCGCCUGCCCUGUGGGAAGGUUUUGAUCCCACUCCCCGAGAUGAUGGUUCAGAGUUCCUUAUCAAGAGACAAAUCUGCAGCUAACCGGCCUUGCUUCUAUUUUGGUAUCUGAGAAUAUAAAAGAGUAAUGUUUUUACACUCUGAAGAUGGUGCUGUGUUGAGGGACUUCUUCUUCUUUUUUUUUUUUUAAAGCAUUUAUUUUAUAAACUCGUAGGAAGAAAGAUUGGUGAUGUGCAUGGUGGGAUUUUACUGCCUCUGGUGCUUUGUCUUGUAUUUGGUUUUAUGUUUUUGUCCUAAUCUCUUCAAUAAACAAAAUUGUGCAUAUUUAACUAAA